UCCUUGUUGGGGAACAAUGAAACUGGGCUGUUUAGAAGUAUGUGAUCGCAGUCCUGUAGCCGAAUUAAGGCGCUGCGUGGUAAUCCACCUGAAGUUCAGUAUUAGCAAGUUACUGCACUAAUUUAUUGAUAUUAGGUGAUCACGUUGUAUUACUUCUUAAACAUACCGAGGACUCUAUCAUGGAAGUGGAAAAGGAAAUUAAAAAGAUGACACUGGGCCAUGAAAUUGGUGCCGGAGCUCCCUGCCUGAAGUGUAAGGAGAAAUGUGAAGGCUUCGAGCUGCACUUCUGGAGGAAGAUCUGCCGGAACUGCAAAUGUGGCCUGGAGGACCAUGAUGUGCAAAUGGGCACAACAGAAGACCGGAAGGUGGGGCGGCUGUUUGAGGACACCAAGUACACUGGUCUUAUGGCCAAGCUGAAGAAGGAUGGGGUGCCCAGCUACAGGGGCGCUAUGGUCACCCUACCCAUCUCUGUGCCGGUCAGCGCCAUACCCGUCAGCACAGCCCAUGCCAGUGCCGUGCCCGUCAGUGCUGCAUCUGCCGGUGUUGUGCCCGCCAGCGGUGUGCCGGCCAGUGGCAUCCCAGCCAAAGCUGCAUCUGCCAACACCACGCCUGCAAACACAGUCCCUGCAAAAGCUACGCCCUCCAGUACCAUUCCUGUUAAUGCCACACCCAUUAGUGCCACACUUGCAAAGAAGGACAUGCCCUUCAAGACCGCCACCUAUGAAUGGGUUCCACCAGUGGCCAACCAGUGCCUGGUGGUGCGCUACAUCGAGCUGCUCCCCCCGGAGAAGCGCCCCAUCGUCGGGUCUGAGGGCGCCGCCUACCGCAAGAAGCAGAUGGCGAAACAGCUUCCAGAGCAUGACCAGGAUCCCUCCAAGUGCCACGAACUCUCGCCCAACGAGGUUCGACAGAUGGAGCAGUAUGUGAAGAAGUACAAGCAGGAUGCGCUGGGCAUGGGCGAUCUCGUACUGCCCGAGGAGAUGAGCCAGGUGCAGGCCCAGGCCGGAGGUAGGGGUGGGUCUGGAGCUGGAGUGGGACCAGGAGUGGGAGCCGGAGAUGGGCCUGGAGUGGGAGUUGGACCUGGGGCUGGAGUUGAAGCAGGACCCGAAGGUGCAGCUGGAAGCAAGGGCAUGACUACUGCUGUAGGGGCACUGGGAACCCCAAGGGCUCCCGGAGCUUCAGCAGGACAAACCUAUUCCUGCAACCACUGCCAGAAGCCCAUGAAGGAGGGCGAGCCGGCGGUGUACGCAGAACGGGCAGGGUACGACAAGCUUUGGCACCCGGCUUGCUUUGUCUGCUGCACCUGCACAGAACUGCUCGUGGACAUGAUCUACUUCUGCAAGAAGGGAAAGCUAUACUGUGGCCGUCACUACGGAGACAGUGAGAAACCACGCUGUGGAGGCUGUGAUGAGCUGAUCUUCAGUAAUGAGUACACCCAGGCUGAAGGCCAGAACUGGCAUCUGAAGCACUUCUGCUGCUUUGACUGCGACUGCGUGCUCGCCGGCGAGACCUAUGUCAUGGAGAAUGAGAAGCCUGUGUGCAAGCCCUGCUACAUGAAGAGCCAUGCUGUGUGCUGUACUGCCUGUCAGAACCCGAUUGAGCCAGAGGCCCAGCGCGUUUCCUAUGGAGACUCCCACUGGCACGCUGAGCCUGACUGCUUCCAGUGUUCCUGCUGCUCGAAGUGCCUUAUGGGACAGCGCUUCAUGGCCAUGCAGGGCAUGCUGUUCUGCUCCGUCGAGUGCAAGAAGAAGACCAUGGCUUAGAACAGGGAUGACUACGCAGUCACCACCAAACCGUCUUCCAUAAAUCAACCGGAUGGCUGCCAUCUCUUCAUGGAGCUUUCUGGCAUGCAGGGGCAUACUGUUUAUGUAGGCAAAGUAGUUUUUUUAUUAUUUAAGACAGGGCCUUUUUGUCCAGGUGAAUGUUUUCAAGGCAAGGUAUCUGCUGCCUUGUCCUACUAUAUCCCCAAAAUGGAUGCCAGCUGCUCUUCAGUGCCACUUAAGACUUAUAAGGAUAUACUUUCUAUGUUACUGUAUAGCCAGGUCUACUCUUAAUGUGAACCCCAGCAGCAAAUAUGACCAUUUUCACCUAUGCAAUGCCUCUCUCAGAUCAACUGACUGAUUCUGACUGAUUGUACUCCAGAGCAACCUGAAUUAGACCAGUCCAGGGUUUGCCUUCCUGCAGAUGGGAUUUGUGUAUUAUUUCUGUCUGGGUGGGGGGAGUGGGGUUAGGAGAGUUGGAGGGUUACCAAAGCAGUAUAAAAAUGUGCUUCAUACAAUUAGGAGGACUAAGACUGGUGAUCAAUUCUCUUUGCUUUUACCACAGAAACAGACUAAUGUGUUACCAUGGUGAUGCUUCUUCCAGUUUCAGUAGUUCAAUCCUGUUCAGUCAAUUGCACUUUAUGUUGUCUUAGCCACAUUCUAUAACUUAAUAAACUUUUACAGCAAGAGA